AUCUUGAUCAAAAUACUACCAAAACUGAAAUAAAUUGUUUUUUUAGAUAUAUUAUAUAAAAAGCUGAAAGAUGUCCGAUUCAAGUUCUUUUACCUCAUUUGAUAGCGAAAACUAUCUGAAAGUGGUCACCGAAAAGGUGCUCACUGAGCGGAAACCGAAGGGGAAUGCCAAAGAGAGUUCCUCUGAAAGGCAGCCGCAGUUUGCUGAGAGCUGCUCUUCAAAUACGGAAAAGGAUGAAAAUAUUGCGUUCUGUGUGUGCCAGGUGUGCCGGGAACGCCGGAAGAUGGCCAUCGGCAGGGAUACCGUAUUCAAGGUAGAGUUCCAGCUGCACCAAUUGGAUUCCAACGAACGGGAAUUCCUCAAGGAACUGACAAAUCGUUGUCGCAAGGCGAAUGUCUCCGGCUAUAUAAUGUUUACCUACGGACGCGAGGAUGCGACCGGGCUGAUGGAGGGCGCCAUCAAGGACAUCAACAAGGUCAAGGAUUGGCUGGAAAUGGACAACAAAUAUAUACCGGAGCCCAUAAGCGAGAACUUCUACAUCUCCUGGUACAUGAUCGCCCGGGAGCCCACCAAGCUGGUCUUCGACGAGCGCACAAAGCCCCCGACGCCACACGCCAAGUCCUCAGACUUUGGUUCCAGCGAUUAGUUGCGGGUUUUUUCGCGCAGUGUACUGCAGGCCGACUCGUGCUGCCAACAGCAUGUACCAUUGUUCAACACUAUUUGUGCCUCAAUCUCUUAAUUAAAUAUGCGACUAACUGGCAGCCAGAGCCGAGCCCGAA